AUGCUGGAUGAAGCCCAGCCUCAAGAACAAGCUGGAUUCCGCCAAGGGUUCAGCUGCUUGGACCACAUCCAGACCGUGUCGAGGGUCAUAGAGGUUUGCAGGGAAUACCGCCUGCCCCUUGUUCUAACCUUCGUCGACUAUGAGAAAGUCUUUGACAGCGUAGAAACGAAUGCAAUACUGUCAGCGCUGGUCGAUCAAGGUGUGGACGCGUCGUAUGUGAGGACAUUAGCCAAUUGCUACGAACGAUGCACGACUAGGAUACAACUUUUCCACCGCCCUCUCACCAUACCCAUUGGAAAGCGGGUACGACAGGGCGAUACUAUAUCGCCGAAGCUGUUCACGGCUACAUUACAAUGA